AUGGCGGCUGCUCAGAUUAUCUCCAAUUCUGGACACGAUGACAUGAUUCAUGACGCUGGCCUGGACUACUAUGGCCGCAGAUUAGCGACUUGCUCGUCGGAUAAGACAAUAAAGAUAUUCGAGAUCGAAGGCGAGACGCAUCGCCUGGUGGAGACUCUAAAAGGACACGAAGGUGCAGUUUGGUGUAUCGCAUGGGCACACCCUAAAUUUGGCACAAUUCUGGCUUCCUCGUCUUAUGAUGGAAAGGUCCUCAUCUGGCGCGAACAACAUCAGAACACAACAUCCCCUGUCGCUGUAAAUUCCUGGACAAAGGUCUUUGAUUUCUCCCUCCACACAGCCUCGGUGAACAUGGUCUCCUGGGCUCCGCACGAGAGUGGAUGUCUUCUUGCUUGCGCUUCUUCCGACGGCCAUGUUAGUGUACUUGAGUUCCAGGAUAAUAGCUGGACCCAUCAGAUCUUUCAUGCCCAUGGAAUGGGAGUAAACUCUAUUAGCUGGGCCCCUGCAGCAUCUCCCGGCAGCUUGAUCAGUGCCAACCCUGGACCGGGUCAGCAGCGGAGAUUCGUCACCGGUGGAAGCGAUAAUUUGCUCAAGAUUUGGGAUUACAACCCGGAAACUAGAUCCUAUAAUCUCGCUCAGACAUUGGAAGGCCACUCCGACUGGGUCCGAGACGUUGCCUGGUCACCGAGCAUACUUUCUAAGACCUACAUCGCGUCUGCCUCACAAGACAAAACUAUUCGUAUCUGGACCUCGGAUGCGUCGAAUCCUGGUCAGUGGGUCAGCCAGCAGCUCGAAUUUGAUACCGUGCUCUGGAGGGUCAGCUGGAGCCCUAGCGGAAACAUCCUCGCUGUGAGUGGAGGAGAUAACAAGGUUAGUUUGUGGAAGGAAAAUCUCAAGGGUCAAUGGGAGAAGGUGAAGGAUAUUGAGGAGUAG